GCAGGAUUGUACGGUAUUUGUCCUGCGACGUCGCGUCCACAAAAAACACACACAAAAUCCAAAGCCUAGCCAGUAUAAAAAACAGCAGCCAAUGGCCGAUGGCACGGAGCCUCAGCCCUUCAGCGGACUCAGUGAUUCGAACGAUUUCUUAAUUAAUUAAUUAUGUGAGCAACCCAAACCCCCUAAAGAUAAAUAAAAGAAAAAGAAAAACCAAUUCAACGAAGUAAUCGAAUUUCAAAAUGUCCAGUACCAAAUCCAAUUCCAAGGUUAUUGUGCACCACCAGCAACCACAGCAACAAAUACAACAACAACAAUAAUAAUAAAAAUAAUAAUUAAAUAAUAAUAUUAUGAGAAUAACAAAAUAUUAAAGCGCUAAGCGGAGUGUGUUUUCGAAACGUCGUUGAAAAAUCGCGGGAAUCGAAUGCUGGCCAGUGAUUAGCUGGCAAAGGGAACUGCGAAUCUGGCCGGGAUUCAUGCCGGAUGUGCUGGAUGUGGACGCAGGGCAGCAACUGAAGCUGGAGCGGCUCUGGCCCUGGGAACAGAGGGAUCAGCCGGAUCGAGAGAGAGCCGAUCCAAGCCCACCAAGAAUACCGCUCCGCAGCCCACACUACUGAUGAUGAUGGGGCCAUGAGCCCAUCAUUACUCGCAUUGAAUUGGAGUCGCAAGCGCGUCUCAAGCGGGCCUGCACCAUGCUAGCACCGCCGAACCCGAGGUCAAUAUGCGGCCAGGACCCGGGCUGGUCGUGAUGGCGCUUGCGUUUAUUUCGGGGGCUCGGCGUGGCAGCAGCAGCAGCAUCAGCUCAGCAACAGUAACACCAGCGGCAGCAACAGCGGCAGCAACAUCUGCAACUGCAUCUGCAGCAGCAGCAACAUCCGCAGCAGCAGCAGCAACCGCAGCAGCAGCAGCGGCGGCGGCGGCAGGAGCAGCAGGAAGGGGCAGAGGCAGAGGCGGCGGCGGAGGCGGAGACCGAGGAGUUGCAACCACGUUACCGUCCACUGGCGAGUCGUCGUCAUCGUCAUUCGUUCGCAGCUCUGGCUCAUACCUGCUGCCCAUCUUCCUGCCCCACCAUCUCGACUUUGCGCUCCAGUUCCAACCACAACUGCCGCCGAGGUUGUACUACGACCAGGACCACUCCGAGCACUCCGAGUCCUGGGUGUCCUCCGCGGGGAUUGCGGACAGGCGGCAGCAGCGGCGACGGCGACGCGAGAGCAGCAGCAGCAGGGACAUAGCAGGUAGGGCAGGCGGGACGGGAACGGGAACGGGCACGGGAACAGGAGCGCCAGCGGUCACAGCGUCCAGCGAGGCCAACAACCAGGAGGAGCAGGAGCAGGAGCGGGAGGAUCAGGAGGAGGAGGAGGAGGGGGAUCGCGCAGGCCUGACCGUGCAGUUCCCCUCAUCGCAGGCCUACGACGAGGACCAGGACAUCUUUGCCCUGGUGGCCGAGGACGACCUGCUGUCCGAGGAAUCCUUCGAUCGCCUGAUCAAGCUCAGCGAGGACGCCGACGAAGAGGACUACAAUCUGCAGCAGCAGCAGUUGCAGCAGCAACAGCAACCCCAAGCGGAAACGGAAAUAGACACAGAGCCAGAGAACGAGACGGAGACAGAGACAGAAACGGAAGCGGAAACAGAAACCGAGCAGCAGCAGCAGGACGAGAGCCGACUGAUUGAUGAGGGUGUCCUGCAGCACAGCGACCACAGCGACAGCCACUCGAAGGAGUUCGCCAACAGCUACGAUAAUAACAAUAACAAACGGGAGGCCAGCGGCCACAUCCUUGAUGCCCAGACGGCCCAGUUAAUCGGCCACAAGGAUAACAGCCUGUCCGCCGUUGCCACCACCGAGUCGGCAGGAGCCACAAGCAGCACCAGCACAUCCUUGCCAGCACCCGUGGAUCUGAAGAAGUCCAUACUCGGGACUGCGACUUCGCUAACACGCCUUAAUCCUUGGAUAUCAGCCUGUGAUCUGGCACAGCCGGGCACAGCAACCGACUUGCAGGGUCAGUGCUCGGCUGGAACACUGCCCAUGGCCUGGGUCGAUGAGGGACCCGGGCCCCCAACCUGCCCACGAUCCUGCGCCGAGCAGCAGCAACUGAAGCCAGCGGCCUCCAAGGCGAAGCGGAGUGCCACCAGUAACAAUAAAGUCAAGUAUUUCGUAAACUAUAAGACAGCCCAGAUGCGUUUGCGCCGCGGUGGGGACUACGCGAUGGACGCCACCGAGAGCAAUUCCCCGCUGCCGACGGGCACCAGCGGCAGCAUCAGCAGCACCACCACCACCGAUGACCAGGACGUGGACGAGGAUGCGUCCUCCACCACCGAGGAGGCGGUGCCGGAGCCGACGCUGUCCUACAGCCAUCUGCAUGCCCAGGAGCCCCUUCGGAUCCACCAGGACGGGCAGGCGGCGGAGCCGGAGGAGCAACAACAGUGCCUUGAAUAUCUGGGCGAUUCCGCCGAGUCGAGUCCGCAGCACCUGUGCGGCCUCCAGUCACCUGGCCAUCUGCUGGAGCGGCUGAGGGUGCUGCGGCUGCGCAACUGCUGCGAGAGGAGCGUCUUCAGCGCCCUCCACACGCUGGCCCUGAACGCCAGUCUCUCGGACCGGCAGGAGUGCAUCCGCGUGCUCAGCGAUCUGCUCGACGUGGACAACCUGGCCAACAGGAUCACCUGCGAGCUGGCCGAGAUCCUCUUCCGCUUCGACUGCCGGCAGGUCUACUCGCUGAUCAAUCAGUGCGACGACUGCAAGGAAGCAUAUCGUCGCUGGGUCUGCAGUACACUAGUGCCGUAUUUCGCCGAGCCAAAGGACGUGUCGCCGAAGCCAAAGGACGACGGCCAGGGAGGUCACGGCAAGAGCAAACGUUCGGCGAGAGGUGCAGAAACGGCGGACGGAAUCAAGCAUAAAUCUCUGAAAUUAAUCAGCAAUAACAAUAAAUCAAAUAACGGCAAUAACAUGAACGAGCGUCAGAUUAAUCAGAAGCAUGACAAGAGCUCGACUGCGACUGCGAAGGCGAACGAGAGCCCAAACUCCAACUCCAACUCUAAUGCGAACUCGAAAGCCAGCAACAGCAAGGACAUUGACCGCAGCGUGGAGGAGGCGAUGGGCAGGGACCUGGCUCAGACAUUCUUCGAUGUUGUUGGCCUGUCUAAGCCCCGGCCCGGAGCCGAAGUGGAGGUCCUGCCAGAUGACGAGCCUGGAGCAGGAGCAGCAGCCGAGGCGGACUCCGAGGACGCGGACAGACAGCGGGAGAGGAGCAGGGACAGGAACAGGGAGACGGAUAGGGAUACGCAGGCUGAGGCCGAACAACAAUCCAAUAAUUUCAUAUCGACUGCCAAUAAUUCGGAUCCCAGAGCCACGGAUCCAGUGAUAUCAAAACUACAAAAGAGAUCAACACGCAAGACAGAGUUCCGUAAGCGCCGACGGAUCCGGCCGUGCCUGAGCGUCUGCCAAACCGUGGAACAAAAGUGCCCCUACCUGCUGCCCGCCGAUCGCGCGCCCGCGCUGCCCACCCAAUAUGCCGGCGAGCCGACAUUUCUCUGCCUAGAUCAAAACAUACCCGAGACAGGGGCGCAGCUGGAGAAGUCGAGCUACGGGCCCAACGAUUGCUGCUACAGCUACUGCAACGGACCCGCCUCGGGGAUCUGCACUGUCUGCCAGGAGUUCAGCCUGCCGAGGACGCAGGAGGAGGAGGGCUCUGCCGCGGGCAACGCCUCCACCCGCCGGGUGCACAACAUCACGCUCUCGCUGAGCUCCCAUCCCGGCGAGCAUGCCCGGGCCAAGAGCGUGGCUCUGGCCCUGCGGAACGUGAGUCAGUCCGGCGGCGAUCCGGAUGCCGUGGAGACGCUACUCGAACGCCUGCCGUACUACGCCCGCCACGAGGAGGUCUUCUACUACGACGAGGAGGGCGAGAUGCCGAAGGCGUCGCUCUCCGGCAACUGUGCCGUCGUGCCCCCGGCCACGACGCGCUGCACCAUUCCGUACUACGCCUCUGGGACGGACGGCUCGGUGGCCAAGGCGCCCACGCAGCUGCUGGUCUGGCUGAGCGCCCUGCUCGGCCUGCUCAGCAGCUGUGGAGCGGCCCGGCAGCGGUGGAGCUGCCAGUGGAGCGGCGGCGGAGGAGGAUGUGGCGGAUGUGGGGGGCACCGGAGUCGCAGUCGCCAGGCCGCGGUGACCUGCGAGGCCAGCUGCCACGAGCAGGAGCUGGUCAAGAGCAGGCGGACUCCGAGGACGACGGCCACCAGGGAGAGGAAGGUGGCAUCUCAGGAUAGCCAGCCAGUGCCCUCCAGACCCUGGCUGUGGCCCACCUCCUGGCACACUUACCGGCUGACCUGCAGCAAAGUGCGAUACUUCAGUAGCCGGAGUAAGUUCAAAGGUCAGCGCAGGCCCUGUCGGAGUGGCUCCACUAGCUUUAAGGACUCCACCAGCGGGCUCCAGUGGAGUCCCGUGGGGGCUGGGUGCAUUAGGACUAGGAACUAUCGCUACUUCUACUACUACAACUACAACAUCAACGAUUGGUGGCGGAGAUGGUGGCGCUGCCUCAGCAGCGGCGCCUUAUAGUGCCUGCGGAGGAUAAGGAAGGGAUAAGAAAGGGAUGUGGAAGGGAUAAGGAAGGGAUUAGGAAGCACUUCCGUGAAAACUCCCCUAGUGGACAGGCGAUAUACCAAAUACUAAUAAUAGCUAAAUCAGAAUCGAUGCAUUGUAGAUGUGGCAAAGGUCAAACAAGAGACACACACAACACAACACCACACACAACACACACCAGAUCCAUGGAUUACGAAUUAAACGAAACGGAAAACAGAAACCACUUAAAUAUUUAUGGUCCUCUUUCAAACGAAAUAAAAACAAGCAUGAAUUAAUUAUAAAUCUCUAUUGAAACAAAACCAAAAUAGCAUAUUUUAUUACAACUAGAACAAAGAAUAUGAAUAUUUAAUUAAACAAAAAGCAACUGCCACAAGAAUAGGUUUUUUAGAUAAACGAUAACGGAAGUAUAAAAGGAAACAAAAAAGAAGAACAUUUAACAAAACGCAUACAACUAAAAUAUAAAAGGGGAUACCGACGAAGAAUAUAAAUAGUUAUUAAUUUAAUUACUGGCGAACAAAAAUACGAAAAGUUUAGGUUAGCUAUAAAAAACAAAAGACGCGAAAAGAAAAAUCCAAAUUUACUAGACUAACAAUUUGAAGACGGCAACGGCGAUUAGAGAAAAAGACGCGGAAACCUAAGACACCAUUUCAGUCGAAACAUCGUAUAGGCCGCGUAUCAACCACCUUUCAAAGAAAAAGCGAAACGUGAACUUUACUUAACUUAGUUUAAACCGGUAUACAUGCUGUAUACCAUAGUCAAGGUGGGAGCGAUUUAAUUAACAAUUGAAACAAUUACGGGAAUGGAAAACCAAAAGAAGCCGCAAAAGUGUCUAAAAAUGUCUUUAUUUAGUUUAAAGAAGAGUAAGGGGAAGCGUAAACAUUUGUAUAAUCCCAGAAAAAACAAAAGAGCCAAAAUGAAAAGAGAAGAGUAUGUAAAGCGCACAGUAAAAACGUAUCUUUAAGAUUCAUCGACCGACAUAGCGAAUCUGAGUUCUGAAUCGGGUAAAACGCAGAAGCGGAAACGGAAGCAUUACCGGCAUAUAGAACCAUGCGCCACAUAGGACAUACAUUCGAGUAUGCGUGUAUGAACGAUAGAUGUAGUCAAAAAUGUGCAACGUAAGCCGCUAAAUAAGAUAGGGAGGCAGAAACCGAAACCGAAACAGAAACAACAACAAUAUACCUACUAUAUAAAUACUAACAAUGAAUAAUAAUACUUUUUGUAAUAAAGUGAACUCUAUGUAGCGUAUAUAUAUUAAUUAUAUAUAUGAAAUAUAUAUAUUUAUAUAAUAUAUAUUGUCUUAACAACUUAUCGUACAUAACUUGCAGCGUAAAAUGAAAACUAUGAGAAAACAAAAACGAAAAACCGAAAACCAAAACCAAACGAGAAACCCCGAACCCCUAACGGCGAAAACAAAACACGUAAACAAUUAAGAAAUAUUGAAAUAAUUAGUCGUAUUUGGUAUUAACUAAUUAACUACUAAGGUAAGAACUAAACAAUUUGAGAGAACCCUCUGAUAGAGCACACUCGCCCGAAACACUCUCACAGAUAUAGGAAGACAGCUUCUUUGAGCACUCCUAACGGUUCAGUUACAGUUAGUUUCCCCCACCCAAUCGCUUCCGAACACCUUCUUUCACCACUUCCUUGACCACCUAUGUUCUAUGCUUCCGGAAAGGUGUUCUUUUCGAUCUUCCUCUCUGAGGCCUACUAUCGAACGGUUUAACCCACUGCUGGCAGUGUCGGAGUUACCAGGAUUUAAGUCUAUUAGGAAUGCUCUUCCGUUGCUAAAUCGGAACGUUUCCAGCAUGAAUUUCCACGACAUUUUGCAUUACCAAAAACUGACGAAAUUACUUUAGGAGGAGUUAGGAUAGCAGGAUAGCAGGAUGGUACGGAUUUUGUUAGAUGUCGUAGUAGUAAAGUAAACGAUUUAUCGAGCCUUCAUUACGAACCCUCCAUUUCUCUCUGGUUAGCCCCCCAUAUAUCAAUAGAUCUUUGUAAAUACAGAAUACGUAUGAGCAAUUCGCCUCGCCUCCAUCUGCACAGUCCUAUCACCAGAACGAUCCAUCUAAGUAUAUAUUCUACUUCUCGCUCUUAUGAUUCCCAACCAAAGUUUCCCCCAAUUGCGGUCAUAUGCGAAACUCUUUCCGUAACAUAUAGCGAGUGUAUAUGAGUUGAGGUGGCCAAUACUUUUCACUUAUUGGGGCGAAUGCGUAACCUUUUCUAAGCAAACAAAAAACAAGGAGCGUGAAAGUAGGAGCGUAGGAGAAAGGCGGAACGACACCGUUAUCAAACAUUUCAAUGGCGGCACGGAAGCGGAAACGAAGUGGCAAUGGUAACGGAAACGGAAACAGAAACAAAGCAGCUAAGGAACAGAGCAGAGUCAGCCGCUGGCACAAAUUGCGCGCAUAUAGAAUGCAAAUUGUUAUGAAUUAUUGUGUACUUUUGUAAAACUUUUUGAUAUAUAUAAUAUAGUUAACAUGAAUAGAUGCCUAAAUAAUAAUAAAUUAAAUGUUAAUUUAUUUAAAUGUAAACAAUAAAUAGAGAAGGACACUGGAGUAGGCCCGCGCAUCGGCAUCGUUUAGGAGGAUUGGGUUCGCACAUCGUUGGCAAAUCGAUCCCCAAAUCCAACUCGAAGUCCGAUCCGAUCCCGGGCAUUAGCGUAUGUACGAAAUAAAUUUUAGGCACCGGAGAACGAGGAUCUUGUUCGUUCCAGGAUUUCCCAGGCGAUUUCCCUUGUGCAUAGCGAAACUAGUUGAAUUGUGUACGUAACGUGGGUAAAGUCACAGCACCAGAUCUAAUCCAUCGUACUCCACAGUAGACACAUCGCAGCGAAGCCAUCUCAUGCGAUCCACAGACACACAAUCACACAGUCGAUACAAAUUGAAAUUCAAAUCCAAAUCCGAAUCAAUAACCAAUUAGCACGAAUUAUACAAUAAUUUUUGUAAUUGAUUAGCCGCUGCCACACAAACAAAAACGAAAAUCGAAAACCAACAAGCAAAAACCGAAAACCAAACACGAAACUCCGCUGCAGCGUACGCUAGCAAUUAUUUUUUACAAAAACCAAAAAAGAAAAAAACUAUUUAAAAUAUGUAAAAAAAAGAGAUUUUUAAAAACCGAAACAAAAUUGGAGACACGAAAUUCUUUUUAGGCCAAAUGAAAUUACAUAAUUGUGUGCCAGGACAAAAGUGACAAAAAAUAUAUAAAAACAAAGGAAGCGUUAAAAUGUGUUGUAUUUGAUAUCAUGCAAGCAUGCACAGAAAACCCGAGCAAAGGCGAGUAAAUGAAAACCAAUUAAUAUAAACGAAAACGAAAUUCAUAGCGUCAAGUAAAAUUUAAUUUAAUUAAAUGAAAACAUAGACUAAUUUAAUGGAAAGCCACACAGCUAGCGAGCAAAACAAAAAGUCUCCAUAAAAUUGAAUACUCUAACCAUAGUAUUUCCCGAAUGAAACGUUUGCAUAGUGAAAAUCGAACCCCCACAAUGACAAGCCCCUCCCAAAUGACAGUAAUUUAGUGAAAACUGAUAAAGAAACGUAAAAUCUAAAUCUAAAAUCCCACUUGAGACAGCUAAAAACUUUAAAAAACUAAACUGAAAUCUUCUGUACUUGUUAUUAAAAGGAAAAAACAAAAUGUAAGGAUAAAGAAAACAUAGAAAAAUCAACAAAUUAUAAAAAAAACAAUGAAAAAUCCAAAAAUAGAACACGGAAAAACGAAAUUUCAUAGUCCUUAAGCUAAAGUCUAAAAACGAAAUGAAAGUAAAUUCCCCCAGCCAAACUAUCUAAAGUAAUGAAAAUGAUUUCCAAUGUGGACGGAGAAGGAACAUAGUAAUACUAUCUAAUAAUAAUGGCAACUGGCAUAAUUAUGGUAAUUGUAAAAUAAUUAAACAAUGACGUAAACGUAAUACAAAACGGAAAAAAUCGAAAAUAAUAAAAAAUAAAUUGUUGUUAUUGAAUGUAUUUGUAUAGAAAAAUUAUUAUGAUUAUGACGAUGAAUAAUAAAUGAUUACAAAAAUAAUAAUUAUUGUUCAAACCGAAAAAGCAAACAAAAAAAACAAAACAAAUAUAUAUAUAUACGAGAAAA